AUGUUCACUAGAUCAGUUACAGUUAAAAGAUUGGCUUCUUCUGCCGUGUUUAAGAGAACAAAGAUUACAUUACCGGAACUAAAAUGGGAUUUUGAUGCUUUGGAACCUUAUGUCUCGGGUAAGAUUAACGAAUUGCAUUAUACAAAGCACCAUCAAACUUAUGUCAACGGAUUCAACAGCUCCAUCGAUCAAUUCAAAGAUGUCACUGAAAAAUUGGCAAAGGAUCCAAACAGUUUAGAAUUAGCAAACAAAUUGAUUGCUAUUCAGCAGAACAUUAAAUUCCAUGGAGGUGGCUAUAAAAAUCAUUGUCUAUUUUGGGAAAACUUGUCCCCUGCAAGUGGUUCUGGUGUAGGCGGUGAGUUACCAACUGGGAAUUUACUGAAACAAAUUGAAAAGCAAUAUAAAUCACUUGAUAAUUUAAUCAAAUUGGCUAAUGCUAAACUAAUGGGGAUUCAAGGUUCUGGUUGGAUCUUCCUGGUUAAAAACUUGAAUAAUGGCGGAAAGUUAGAUAUCGUACAGACUUAUAACCAAGAUACAGUAAGUGAUCCAACAAUCGUACCACUUUUAGCAAUCGAUGCCUGGGAACAUGCUUAUUAUCUACAAUACGAAAAUAGAAAAGCUGAAUACUUCGGAGCUAUUUGGAAUGUUAUUAAUUGGAAAGAAGCUGAGAAAAGAUUCAAUGCAGCUUAA